CACAAUUAAUGGUGAAAAUUGAAAUAUGAUUAAGAAAAUAUCUACACACAAUUUGUUUUUGGGAAUAAUCUGAAGGUGUUAGUUCUUUGUUUUGGAGUGAGGCUGGUCAUGGCUUGCCGGAUAAUCAUGUUCUACCGGUACUAUGUUGCUCAUCUACGACUUUGUCAUCAGAAUAUCCAAAUCUUGAAGCCCAAGCUUUCAUUUCGAAUUUCAAGGGCAUCCUCUUACCAUUAUUACCACAACCUUAACCCUACUGAUACCCAAACCAAUUUCCCCAUCAAGCCAAAACUUUCUUCCUUCAUUACAGACUCUGAAAUCGAAGCUGAAUUUUCUCACCAUGAUCCGGGUGUUGCCCGGAUAAACAAUGGCAGCUUUGGUUGCUCCCCUGCUUUUGUUAUCUCUGAAUUGCAACAAUGGCAACUCAAAUGGCUGCGCCAGCCGGACCAUUUCUUAUUCAAUGAGCUCCACAAGGGGAUACUCAAAUCAAGAAACACAGUUAAAGAACUUAUCAAUGCAGAGGAUGUUGAUGAAAUUUCCAUUGUAGAUAAUGCCACCACAGCAGUAGCCAUAGUCUUGCAGCAGAUGCAGUGGGCCUUCUUUGAAGGCAAAUUCAAGAAAGGGGAUGCUGUCAUCAUACUGCAGUGUGCUUAUGGCGCGGUGAAGAACUCCAUCAAGGCCUAUUUUUUGCGUGCUGGCGGGUAUGUUAUUGAAGUUCCAUUUCAAUUUCCAGUGAAUUCCAGUGAAGAAAUUAUAAGUGAAUUUCGGAUGGCUUUGGUGAAGGAAAAGGCUAGUGGUAGAAGAGUUAGAUUAGCUAUGAUUGAUCAUGUUACAUCCAUGCCAUCUGUUGUACUUCCAGUUAAGAAAUUGGUUAAAGUUUGCAGGGAAGAAGGUGUUGAUCAAGUUUUCAUAGAUGGGGCUCAUGGUGUUGGGUGUGUAGAUGUUGACAUGCAAGAAAUUGGAGCAGAUUUUUACACUAGUAAUUUGCACAAGUGGUUCUUCUGCCCUGCUUCGGUUGCAUUUUUAUAUUGUAGGAAGUCAGUCACACAUUUAGAAUUGCAUCAUCCUAUGGUGUCUCAUGACUAUGGUAAAGGGUUGGCUAUUGAAAGUAGUUGGAUAGGAACUAGGGAUUAUAGUCCAUCUUUAGUGGUUCCUUCAGUUGUGGAGUUCACAAAUAGGUUUGAAGGCGGUAUUGAGGGAAUCAAAAGGAGGAAUCAUGAUGCUGUUGUUGAGAUGGGUAAGAUGUUGGCAAAGGCUUGGGGAACCAAUCUUGGGUCUCCACCAGAUAUGUGUGCGAGCAUGAUCAUGGUCAGACUACCGGCUUGUUUGGGGAUUUCAAGUAAUGAUGAUGCUUUGAAGUUAAGGACACAUCUACGGGAGCAAUUUGGUGUUGAAGUCCCAAUAUAUUACCAGAUGCCGAAACAUGAAGAGGUUGCAACAACAACAGGCUAUGCUCGAAUUUCUUAUCAAGUCUACAACAAAAUUGAUGACUAUUAUAAGUUCAGAGAUGCAAUUAAUCAACUUGUUUGUGAUGGUUUCACCUGUGCUCAAUCUUUAGGUAAAUAUGGUCUGCCUUCAUCCUAAUUAGGGCUUUUCAUGCAGCAGAAAACAGAAAGUUAUGCAAUACGUACUUCUGUGAAUCUCUUUGAAUUACUUGUAUUGAAAUGGGUUUUCAUGUGAAUCUUUAGUUCAGUACUGAAGCCUUUUAAGAAGUCCAUAUCAUGAAUAACAGAAGCCAUUACCUCUCUGCCUCCUGCAUGUUGCUAGUGGCAAUGGUUUCAGUACCAUUAAUAUCCUAGAGUUACCAUAGAAAAAAAAAACCUGGAAAAGCUGGAUGUAUUAAUAGAAUAAAAAAGCUGGAUGCAUUAAUAGAAUAAAUACUUUUCUCAGCUUUAA